AUGGUACCGACAAUCGAUCUGGGGCCCCUUGGCCAGCAGAAUCUACUGUCAACUGUCCUCAUAGGCAUUGGGGUGCUCACGCUCGCCUCGGUCGCCUUUACAGUGACCAGGGUGUUUCUGAGUACUUUCAUUCUGCCCGGAAAAUCUCUCUCUUCGUACGGCGGCAAAGGUUCAUGGGUGGUUGUGACCGGCGCGUCCGAUGGCAUUGGAAAAGAAUACGCUUUACAAUUGGCAAAGAAAGGCUUCAGUCUCAUCCUUGUCUCGCGCACUGCCUCGAAACUCGAAUCCCUCUCGUCUCAGAUCAAAACCUCUUCUCCCGAUGUCUCGGUGGAAACGCUGGCCAUGGACUUCUCGCGAAAUCUGGAUAAAGACUAUGCUUCGCUGGCCUCGCUCGUCCAAGGCAAACGCGUUGCCAUCCUGAUCAACAACGUGGGCCAGAGUCACAAUAUCCCUGUGCCUUUCGCCGAGACACCCUUGCCUGAAAUGACAAACAUCAUCAACAUUAACUGCCUGGGCACACUUCGGGCUACCCAGACGGUGCUUCCAAGCAUGCUACCACAAAAGAAGGGUCUGAUCUUGACAAUGGGAUCUUUCGGUGGCUUGACCCCCACACCACUGUUGGCGACAUACUCUGGCUCAAAAGCAUUCCUUCAACAAUGGUCCAAUGCUCUUGCCUCCGAGCUGGCCCCGAGUGGCAUUGACGUUUUCUUUGUCCAUUCGUAUCUCGUCACCUCCUCGAUGUCCAAGAUCCGCCGAGCGAACUGGCAAGUCCCGACAGAAAAGGCGUUUGUGAAAUCCACAUUGGCAAAGAUUGGUCGAAGAGGUGGGAGCAUUGGAUACCCAUACAGUGGCAGCCCUUACUGGAGCCACGCUCUGGUCGCCGCGCUGAUCACUGGCGUCCUUGGUCCGAUGAACAACAUCUUACUUGGGGUUAACAAGAAGAUGCAUGUGGAUAUCCGAAGAAGAGCGUUGAAGAAGGCGGAGCGAGAUGCCCAGAAGGGCAAGAAGGCUGCGUGA